AUGGCACUCUUUCCACGUUCUGCUGAUAUUGAGGUUAUUGACCCUAGCGUCGUACCGGAAUGGGUCUCGGAAAUAACGAUUGGGCAGUUCUUCCAAGUGGCUACUGUUACCGUCUUGGUCUAUGACGCACUUAUCACUAUGGAUAAAGAGAUUAAAUUCUUCUGGAGAUUCCCAUUGAAGACAGUAAACAUUGUUUACUUCGCGAUCCGAUACAUUGGAAUCUUUGGUGCAAUAGCUAGUUUGUUCUGUAAAUUGUCGCAGUGGGCAUCGGAUGUAGCUAACUGGAUUACGAUCAUCUCUAUUGACUAUAUUCUUGUGAUCCGAGUUCUUGCGCUUUAUGCACAUGAUAGAACACUUUCAGCGUGCCUUAUGACACUACUAUUGCUGGAAGCGGGUUUCAAAGUGGGCAUGUCCAUUUACCUCGAUAAUUCGCAGCACAUUGUGGCCGCUGGCCUUGCUAAUAGCAACAAGCAUCCUUUCUGUGAUAACAUGAGCUUUCCAACGUGGUGGUUAGGGCUGAUUGACUGGGUAGUGCCAAUGGUUUUUGGUGUUAUCUUAAUGGCUCUGGCUCUGUACAAGGCCGCAGAAUACUGGCGAGAAUCGGCUGGAUUUCAAGGAUUUACCCUCGUUAAGGUUUUAAUCCAGGAUCAGCUCAUUUAUUUUUCAUUCGUCGUCUUCUGCGCUGUAAUUAAUAUUAUAAACUUCAGGAUUGAGGUAUCCAGUCCCUUUACUGCGAAUGUUUUAAUUUGCUUCGGGAAUCCGUCGUUUCUCUGCGUCCUCGGCAGCCGGAUGAUUGUAAAUUUGAAGGAAGCUGGAGAGGAGGGGCGAAAUACCAUUAAUAUGAAUGAGACUUCAUCGUCUACAAUUGCGCGAGCUGUAAACAUGGACCCUCCUACACCAACUGCCACCCCUACUGUCCUACCAGAUUAG